CCAAGAUGGCGACCUCCAUGAAAGCGAUGAGAAUAUUUCAAAUUAGGUCUUUAUUCAACAAAAGUUCGCCUAUCUCAACAUUAUUCCGUGUCGAUUCACCAGUGCUGAUACAUCAUAACUCAUGUAGUACAAGUGCCAGCGUAAAACAAGAUCAAACAAAUGAAGGUGGCCAAAAACGGAGAGGAAACGUCAAACAAAAAAUUGGAAUUUCUUUUGCAGGAUUGGGACUUGGUGUUUUAGCAGGAGCAUAUGUAAAUUACAAAUUAAAUAAUGGUUCAGAGGUUAAAGCUCAAGUUGACAGACCUUAUUUCAAGCCAUCAAGAUCAAUUAAAAAUGAUGCUGAUCACUCCGGGCUAAAGCUGACUCUAUACCAGUACCAAACUUGCCCAUUCUGUUGUAAAGUACGAGCAUACCUAGACUACCAUGGCUUCUCCUAUGAUGUCAUUGAAGUGAAUUCUGUUUGGCGUACACAGACAAAAUGGUCCAAGUACAAGAAGGUGCCUGUUCUCGUAUGUGAAGGGAAGGAUAUAGAUGGAUAUGUACAAAUCAAUGACUCUUCUGUCAUCAUAAGUCUCCUGGAGUCACACCUUUUUGACAGCACGCAGAAGGUUUCAACAUUAGUCGACUACUUCCCCGUUAUGGAGUCCAAGGAAGGACGUAAAACCAUCUUGGAAUAUCCCAAUAGAUAUUUUGUAAUGUAUGGUGUGGCGAAUAAAGACAUCAAAAGUUCAACAGACAUACAAAGAAAGGAAGAGAGAAAGUGGAGACGAUGGGUUGACAAUGAUCUUGUCCAUGUCUUAUCUCCUAAUAUCUAUCGCACAGCAAGUGAAGCUUUGCGUGCAUUUAAAUACUUUGAUGAGGUCGGAAAUUGGGAACAGAAUUUUUCCACGUUUGAACGCACUGUGAUUAUGUAUGUCGGAGCUGCUGCCAUGUACCUGGUUGGGAAAUUGUUGAAAAGAAAGUACAUGUUGAAAGAUGACGUGAGAGAAUCCCUAUAUGAGUCAUGUAAGACUUGGACCAAAGCUGUAGGCAAUAAAAGGAAGUUUAUGGGGGGUGACAUCCCUAACCUGGCUGACAUAUCUGUCUAUGGAGUAUUAUCUGCCAUUGAGGGAUGCGAGUCAUUCCAGGAUCUCUUAGAGAAUUCAGAUAUCAGGAGGUGGUACUAUGAUAUGAAACAAACUGUUAGCUCACACCAGGGGGCAAACCCACUCAAUAAACCCAAUUGAUGUUAGGACGAGUUUAGGAAAUUAUUUAUUAAAUGAACUUGUGUAAUGUAGGGCUACAAUGCAGUUAUAGAUACUCAACUUUUGAUAUUAUUAUCCAACCAAACGCAGAUUAUAGGGAUAUAGAGAGGAUGUCCGUCCAUGCAUUCAUAUGUCUGUGUGUUAGUCCGUUUGUCAAGGUGAAAACUUGAAUACCAUGGCAACAAAUUAGUGGACCAUGAUGUGUGAAAACAGGUGGUGAGAUUUUGCCAUGUAAAAAAUAAUUUAAUAAAUGGCAACACAUCACAUCGUGGUGAUGAGGUCUUUUAAGAAACAUGUUUUGUUUGGUGGGAUUUGCUACUCCGUGAAGUU